GCGCUGGCUGUGCAGCUUCGGUUCUGCUGUUGACCUCUUACCACGCGGACCAUAGCUCACUUUGCAGUAUACGACCAGGACGAUACAUCGAUGGCGAUGUUAGAGGAGACUCCGCAUACGGGCGGUCAAGACCCCAAGGCUUCCGGGGAUGCAGGCGAUCACAAUCGCCCCUCCGUUGAACAUAACAACAAAGCUGAAAACCUGGUUCACGCCACCUCUGCGGCGAUUCAAGGAGCGCCCUCGAGUGCGAACGUCGCAGAGCCCAAUCAUGCGGCCCAGGAUGGCGGGACACGGCCUUCGGGCUUCCCAUCGCAAGCGCAUAACCAACCCGGCGGCAAUGCCAAUCGAGACGAAACGCCGCGGUUCUUCGGAAUACCCAAGUAUACCGGGGUACCGACUGGAAAGGGCGGAAUCGGCGACUAUCGCGAUAUGUACCCCGAAGACCCUUACGCUGCCGAGAUCGGAGAGAACGCGCGUGUCUGGCGGGUCUACCUCGAUGAGAGCGGCCAGUUCGAUGAUGAUAUGAUCAAGGGCUUUAGAGACACCCUCGACGUGCACCUCGUCUUUGCCGCCUUAUUCUCCGCCGUCGUGACCACCUUCGUCGUCCAGACCUCCCAGUCGCUGCAGCCCGACUACGGGCGCAUAACCUCGGCCAUUCUGCUCGAGCUCGUCGCCUUGCAGCGUGCGCGCUCUCCUGAGGACGUGCCCUCCGCGAACGUCACUCUGGACACGCUUGCGCCCUCAGCGGGCGAUGUGUGGGUCAACGCGCUAUGGUUUACUACGCUCGGCCUCUCGCUUUCUACGGUUUUGAUUGCGGUGCUCGUCAAGCAGUGGCUGCAGGAAUAUGCCAAGACACCUCCCGGACCUCCACGAGACCGCGCGUUGAUACGCCAUAUGCGUUACAAGGCGCUUAUACGAUGGAGGAUCCCCUUCAUUAUUGGCCUCGUGCCGAUGCUUUUGCACGUCUCUCUCGCUUUAUUCUUAGCGGGACUCAUCGUCUUUCUUUCCGGAAUGUCGCCUGUCAUCACAUGCGUUGUCACGGCCCUCACUGGCACAACGUACAUCUUCUACAUCGCGACUCAUAUUCUUGGCUCAGUCUAUCGGGAAUGCGCCUACCGAACACCUAUCUCUCUAGCGGCACGCGAGUUGUCGCAACGCAGCUGGAGGGCGUUCGUUGCAUGGCUCACUGCACGGUUCUCGAAGUUUGGAUUACUGCCAAUGAAAUACGCCUCGGACACCUGUCCAGAGCCUGUCGCGCCUCGUCCUUCGGGGUCUGCGCAGGAAGAGGUCGCCAUUGUUCGGCUACGCUGGGGACGAUUAGACCAGCAGACUCGCGGUCUAAUAUUUCAUUGCGUCUCGUGGCUAUACGACAAUGCCACAAAUCCUUCCGCGCAUCACGUUAUUGCCGAAGCGUUUUCUGGCUGGGACCAUCGAGUGGCCGACUCUGAGCAGGAUGUCUCGUCGAUGGGGAACCUGCGCACAAUCUUGAUCAUGAAUUUACAAGAAGCUCUCACGCAGGGCAAGCUUGAAGACAACCGUAGCUGUCUGGCGUUCGACCGGGCUCUUCGGGCACUCUCUUGCAUCACCUGGGGUCCGUGGAAUCCGCGGCUGCCGUCCUCCAAAAAGCUGGGGUAUGAUGCGAAUCCUCCGAUGUCUUAUGACCAGUGGGCCGAUGCCACAGAUGCCUUGGCCGCUAUUCUCGCCACUGGCAGUUUAGGCAGUCAGCAACUUCUCGCUCAGCGCGUGCUCUGUUUCGUCACCUUUCACCCAUGGAGACCCAGGUUCUCCCUCCCCUUGCCGAUUAGCGAGAUGCACCGCUUUGUCAUGAACCCUGAUACGAAGCUGUCACCUGCAACUUGGUACCUCUUGUUGCAUUGGUCGCGCCUCUAUGAGACCUCCCCGCGCGCCUUUGUUAUGGAAGCUCCCCCUUCUAUAGGCUUCUUCUUCGCCCGUCACAACACCACACUCAUGCCAUCAACCGACGAAGUGCCGCUAGUAGAGCAAUGGGUGAAUGAUGUUUUAUGGCUCGUUCGUGCGCGGUAUGGCCCCAAGCAGGUUUCUCGGCGACCCCCGUGCCCCUCUCCUUCCUACAAGCCAUUUGAAGAACCUGCGAGCCUGCUCUUUACAUGCGGCUAUGAUACCGAUGUGAAGGAACUCUUGACGCAACACAUUGCCUCUAUCUUGCGCACAGAGAGCUGGUCUGAAGCGUUGACUACUCUAAUCAGGUGCCUUCGCUGGGCAAAAAAGCCUGUCCCUGAAUGGCUAAGGGACGCGCUUUGGGCCGAAUUCCUGACCUUGACUCCACAGUUCCAUGCCACUGUCCAACGGCUCCACCGCACCUACACUGAGAACUUGCAAUCACUCAACAGUGAAGAGGUGUUUAGAUCGCUCAAGGGUCCAGUUAAGGCAUUCUGCGUCAUCUCGGAUCUUUACCUGAUGCACAGUGCUCAAUCCUAUCCUGAGUGGAACAGAGACUUCGUGUACAAGUGCAUGGUAGACACGGAACGACGCAAACAACCGGAUCCGGUGGAAUCGGCCUUCUGUGGCAUCGCGCUCCUCUUGAAACUUGCUACGGUUCUCCACUCCGCUGGGAUGACUGAACCCCUUCGCAUCGCUGUAGCGUCUAUGCAGCAGUCCUUUUUCCAGUUCCUGCAGGAAGUGAAGGGUUUCUAUCCGAGCUUGUCGAUGAAGAUCCAAUCCGACGUCGUUCAUCGCUUCAUCGAUGCGAUUGCCCAUGUCAAGGCUUCCGAACCGACAGCUGUGCAGGUCUUCCUCGAUGUCGAGAGAGUCGGAAUGCUGGCAGAAAUCCUGCGCGCUGCCUCUGCGACGACGACACAGUCACGCGAGCGCGAGGGGCCACUUCGACAACUUCAUCUCAUGACGCCCUCCGAUACCAGUACUAUUCAUCACAUAUACAUGGCCUCGCUAGACAAGCUCCACCGUGAGGCUGCGGGCAAGGGUGAUUUAUGGUCCUCAACAUCAAGGCGGGAGUGUGCGAGACUUGCUAGUCUUGCGAGAGUGCUCAAGGUCAACCAAUGGGGGCCAGAUGACUGUGAGCGGCACGCGCUUUACUACCCCACAACUGUCCUACACUUGCAGCAGUCCGGUGCCAAACCCCUAACAUGUGGCGACAAGCUCGUCUACGGACCGUAUAUGAUUCCUUAUGCCGACUUCGACAGUCGUCUGGCCGGUCCCGUACGGACGACGAAGCGCCGCGACGAUCGCAGCCUGAGCCAUACGUUGAAAUCCUGGUAUACCGCCAUGGUCGCACGUUGUCAGCCUCCGUCCUACGUGACUCGUCCGAGUCGUGCCUCACCGGUGUCAUCAUAUGAGCUGGUUUAGCGCCAUAAGACGAGAACUAUGCAAUCGACGACAGGACCGAAUGAUGAGCGUAUACAGAUGGGACUUGAAAAGUAGGGUAUAGAUUUUUGGAUUAUUGACAAAUGGUGAAAGGCGCUACAUUGCAUGUAAAGUUUUAUUCUUGAAAGCGUAGCGAGGACCAAGAUAUGCGUCGCAACGAGCUUCGUGGACAU